CACACCACAGUGGACGGAAGAGUGAUUCGUAAGUGUAAGUCGUGAUCCUCGUUCUUCCCGAAGUUCAAUCUUCUAGUCGCGCAUUCCGUGUUUCCUUCAGAAUUUGGGUUAUUUAAUAAGGAAGCUACAAUGUGGUUCAAGUAGAUGCAUGACAACGGGGACCAUAUUCAUCAUUUCAUCAACUCAACUUGGAGACUCUGUUCUCUUCUAGGUGGUUGGGUUUCUGGUUUAAUAUCGAAACCUUAUACAAAAGUGGUUGGCUCAGCAUUUAAUGGUUCUCUUUCUAGGUUGGCUGAGGAAAGAGAAAAUCAUUCUUUAGAGUUCAUGGAUGCGUGUAUAUAUAUUAGUUCAUCGGAUGAUGACUUGGAGGAGAUAGAAGAUCCAAAGAGGAGUCUCCCACGUUGGGCUGCUAGUGAAAGGAAUUCAGAUUAUGGUGGGUGGCCUAGGCAGGGUAGUUCUUCAAGAGGGGCAAAUACUUCAAACACGAGCUCUUCUAACAUUAAUAAUCAUUCACAAGUCAGGCCUCAUACUCAACCUGUGUCCAGCAACAAUACACUGAAUCACAGAGUUGCACGGAGAGAUGAAACUUCCUAUCAUACCCAGAAUGGAAACACAAGUCAGCAUCAGACAGUUAAUUCCCGAAUUUCUAACAUGUAUGGUGCCGAUUAUGAGAAAAUGUCAUCUCAACAAGCUUUCAAGAGGACCCUUCCGUCAUCUCUUCAACCAUCUGCAGCAAGGGCUCUUCCAUCUUCAUCACUUGCCCCAGACAGCAGAUUAAGCAACUUAAAAGAUAACAUGAGCAGCAGUCAGCUUCAUGAUGCAUAUAGGAAUCGUCGCCAUGGAGUAGGACCUAGCACAUCCAGUGGCAAAGGCUUCAUUCGUGACAAUUUUAACAGGGGCAAUGAUGAAGAUCGUUUCAUGCAUCAAAAUGGUGGGAUUAGGAUGCUUCCUUCAUCUUUGAUGCUUGGAAAGGCUAUAGCUCCACAGUUUGCUAGUUCUAGUGAAUCUGCAAACCGUUCUGGAGCAGGAGAUGAAAGGGCUCCUGGAAAUGAUGAAAGACUAAUUUAUGAGGCAGCGUUACAGGAACUUAAUCAACCAAAAGCAGAAGCUGAAUUACCUGAUGGUCUAUUGUCUGUCUCUCUUCUAAGACAUCAGAAAAUUGCAUUGGCUUGGAUGCAUCAGAAGGAAACCAGGAGUUUGCAUUGCUUGGGGGGGAUUUUGGCUGAUGAUCAGGGCCUUGGAAAGACAAUUUCAAUGAUUGCCCUCAUUCUAGUGCAGAGGUCUUUGCAGUCAAAAUCGAAAACAGAUGAUACAUGCAAUCAUAAAACAGAAGCUUUGAAUUUGGAUGACGAUGAUGAUAAUUGUAGUGCUGAUGUGGAAAAGCUUAAAAAGAAUGAAGAAUCUGAUGAUAUAAAACCUAUUACAGAACCAAGUAGUUCAACACGGGCACCAGGUAGGAAAAGGCCAGCUGCUGGUACACUGGUUGUGUGCCCUGCAAGUGUUCUUAGACAGUGGGCCAGGGAACUUGAUGAUAAAGUUGGAGAAGAAAAGCUUUCUGUUUUGAUUUAUCAUGGGGGCAAUAGGACUAAGGAUCCCGUUGAACUUGCAAAAUUUGAUGUGGUUCUCACAACAUACGCUAUUGUGACUAAUGAAGUUCCAAAGCAACCGAUAGUUGAGGAGGGUGAUGUUGAUGAAAAAAAUGGGGAAAAAUUUGGGUUGUCCUCUGAGUUUUCUGUUGGUAAAAAGAGGAAAAAGUCAUAUGAUGGAAGUAAGAGGAGUAAAAAAGGUAGAAAGGGAAUUGAGAAUUCUUCUAUCGAUUGUUCUUCUGGCCCUCUCGCAAAAGUAGGUUGGUUUAGGGUUAUUCUAGAUGAAGCUCAAACAAUAAAGAAUCAUAGAACUCAGGUGGCUAGAGCUUGCUGUAGCCUUAGGGCCAAAAGAAGGUGGUGUUUAUCUGGAACACCUAUUCAAAAUACUAUUGAUGAUUUAUAUAGCUACUUUAGGUUCCUGAGGUAUGAUCCUUAUGCCGUGUAUAAAUCAUUCUACAAUACAAUAAAAGUUCAAAUAUCCAGAAAUUCUAUUCAAGGUUACAAGAAACUUCAAGCAGUUUUGAGGGCCAUAAUGCUACGUCGGACAAAAGGAACUUUGAUUGAUGGGAAGCCAAUAAUCAAUUUACCUCCUAAAACAAUUCAGUUGAGUAAGGUGGAUUUCUCCAUUGAGGAGCGGGCCUUCUACACCAAGUUGGAAGCAGAUUCACGUUCUCAAUUUAAGGCAUAUGCUGCUGCUGGCACAGUGAAUCAAAACUAUGCAAAUAUUCUUUUAAUGCUUUUACGUCUCCGUCAGGCUUGUGACCACCCACUUCUUGUUAAAGAUUAUGAUUCUGAUCCUGUUGGGAAAGAUUCUGUAGAAAUGGCAAAAAGGCUUCCGAGGGAGAUGCUGGUUAAUCUAUUUAAUUGUUUGGAAACAACAUUUGCAAUAUGUCACGUUUGCCAUGAUCCACCUGAAGACCCUGUUAUCACAAUGUGUGGCCAUGUCUUCUGUUAUCAAUGUGUAUCGGAAUAUUUGACAGGUGAUGAUAAUAUGUGCCCUGCAGUUGAUUGUAAAGAACAAAUUGGUGAUGAUCUUGUUUUCUCCAAAGCUACUUUGAGGAGUUGCAUCUCUGAUGAUGAUCUUGGUGAUAGUAGUUCUGCAAAUUUGCAUCUUAUUGAUUAUUCACUAGUGCAGCAGAGUGAGUAUAAUUCAUCUAAAAUCAAAGCCGUCCUUGAGGUUCUACAGACAAAUUGUAAAUUGAUGACCGCAACUGAAGGACCAAUAAAAGCUAUAGUUUUUUCCCAGUGGACUAGCAUGUUGGACUUAGUUGAGAUGUCGGUGAAACAAUCUGGUCUACAAUACAGGAGGCUUGAUGGUAGGAUGACUCUGGUUGCGAGGGACAAAGGCGUUAAGGAUUUUAAUACUGAUCCUGAGAUAACUGUUAUGCUGAUGUCGCUAAAAGCAGGAAACCUUGGUUUGAAUAUGGUUGCUGCAUGUCAUGUUAUUCUAUUGGAUCCUUGGUGGAAUCCAACGACUGAAGAUCAAGCUAUUGAUCGAGCUCAUAGAAUUGGGCAGACUCGUCCUGUUACAGUGACACGGGUUACUAUAAAAGAUACGGUUGAAGAUAGAAUACUGAAUCUUCAGGAAGACAAGAGAAAAAUGGUUGCAUCUGCUUUUGGUGAAGACCAUGCAGGCAGUUCUACAACUCGCCUUACAGUGGAUGAUCUGAAAUAUCUUUUCAUGGUCUAGAAUGCUGCUUACUUGUUCUUCCCAUUUUAGAUGAUGACAGCACUUGCAAGUUUUGUUUUCGACGGUUAGGCUUGGAGUUAAGAUUGUUCGUAAGGGAUAUGUCUGUGUUUUUUUGUUCCUGCUGACAUCUGUUGCUCAAGUUGGCUGGUGAGGUUGGUUGAUCCUAGUCGUAGCUUACAUGUCUUCAAGCCCACAAGGGCAUUUUUGUCCUCAUAACUGCUAUCAAUCAUAUGUGCUGAAAUCUGUCUGUAAAUAUUCUAAUUAAAUUAAUUACAUGGUUUAUGGAAAUAUUACCUAGUGGCAGCUGUCCUUUCUUCUUUUA